GGAGCCUGGAAUAACUGGGGACGGUGGGGAGAGGUGGAAGAGGAGCCUCCCUCUCCAGAUCCAUCGCCCAGCACCACGCCUCGGUGGAGGGAUGGGAAGCACUGCCAUGGACAAGAAGAAAGAUGCCUCCAGCUGCAGCAGGAAAAGCUCCAGCCAGAAGAAACUCAUGCUGCGAGUGCACAUCCCUGAUCUCAGCUCAUUUGCCAUGCCAUUCUUGGACGGUGAUGUGGAGACGACAGACAAAAAUGCUUCUCGCAAGGUGGAAGACAGCUAUUCUGGCAGCAGCCCUUCAAAAGGCCUUUUCUCAAAAGGGCUCCAGAACCGACCUUCCAGCCCUGUUUCUGCCCCUGUGAGGUCCAAACAUAGCCCCGGCUCACCCAAAACAGUGUUCCCCUUCCCCUACCAGGAGUCUCCCCCACGCUCCCCACGCCGAAUGAGCUUCAGUGGGAUCUUCAGGUCCUCCUCCAAAGAGUCCUCCCCCAAUUCUAACCCGUCUACCUCUCCUGGGGGCAUCAAGUUUUUCUCCAGAUCAAGAAAAACCUCUGGCCUCUCCUCUUCUCCAUCUACCCCAACACAAGUGACCAAGCAGCCCACGUUUCCUCUUGAAUCUUAUAAGCAUGAGCCUGAGAGACUAGAAACACGGAUUCACUGUUCUUCACCUCCGGACACAGGGCAGAGAUUUUCUUUGCCUCCAUCUCAAAGUGCAGCCAAGCCUCCUAUCAUGACACCAGCUCCCUGUGCUACCUCAAAACCAGCGGCGGCGGCGGCGGCGGCAGCAGCGGCUCCUUCUCAGCUCCCGGCCGCCUCCGAAGGGAUGCUGGAGAAACUAGAGCUCGAAGAUGAAGCACUUGAAGAAUCGGAAAGUGACAUUUAUGUGCGAUUCAUGAGGUCACACAAGUGUUAUGACAUUGUUCCAACAAGCUCUAAGCUUGUUGUUUUCGACACUACGCUACAAGUAAAGAAAGCCUUUUUUGCCUUGGUGGCAAAUGGCGUGAGAGCAGCUCCACUGUGGGAGAGUAAAAAACAGAGUUUUGUAGGAAUGUUAACAAUUACAGAUUUCAUUAACAUACUGCAUAGAUACUAUAAGUCUCCAAUGGUUCAGAUUUAUGAAUUGGAGGAGCACAAGAUAGAAACCUGGAGGGAGCUUUAUUUACAAGAGACAUUUAAACCUUUAGUGAACAUCUCCCCAGAUGCAAGCCUUUUUGAUGCUGUAUAUUCACUGAUCAAAAACAAAAUCCACAGAUUGCCAGUUAUAGAUCCUGUCAGUGGAAAUGCACUUUAUAUACUUACCCAUAAAAGAAUCCUCAAGUUCCUCCAGCUUUUUAUGUCAGAGAUGCCAAAGCCUGCCUUUAUGAAGAAGAAUCUGGAUGAACUGGGAAUAGGAACUUAUCACAACAUUGCCUUCAUACAUCCAGACACUCCUAUCAUUAAAGCCUUGAAUAUAUUUGUAGAGAGAAGGAUAUCAGCAUUACCUGUUGUGGAUGAGUCAGGAAAAGUUGUAGAUAUUUAUUCCAAAUUUGAUGUAAUAAAUCUUGCUGCUGAAAAAACGUAUAAUAACCUAGAUAUCACGGUGACGCAAGCCCUACAGCACCGUUCUCAGUAUUUUGAAGGUGUUGUGAAGUGUAGCAUGCUGGAAACACUGGAGACUAUUGUGGAUAGAAUAGUAAAGGCUGAGGUUCAUCGUUUGGUGGUAGUGAAUGAAGCAGAUAGCAUUGUGGGUAUCAUCUCUCUUUCUGACAUUCUACAAGCUUUGGUACUCACACCAGCAGGUGCCAAGCAGAAGGAGAAUGAAAGUGAAUGACUGCUGUGAAUGUAUACGUGUUUGUAGGAGAACUUGAACACAGUUUCUGGGUCAAGGUUGUCUCAAGAACAGUGACUGCAAUAGAACAGAGCAGGAUGGUGGGAGUGUGUAUUGGGACUGUGAUGGAUGAUGAGUCUAUUCCCCCCAGUGAUGUCGCAAAAAAAAAAAAAAAAAGCAGCAUGACAAAAGCUUAUGUUAAAAUGUAGGCUUGUAUUUCAAAACGUCUGCAAAACAUUUUGCUGGAAGACUUCACACGAUGUCCUUCAUUAAAAUGCACUGUAUUCCGAAACUUCUUCAUUUUGUAUUUGACAGAAGUCACUGGUCAGCAAUGGAUAUACGUGACAUAAGGCAAGUGUAUGGCAUAUUCAUAUCAUAGUGCCUUAUGUCAAACUACAGCAAUAUGUCAUCACUGUUGCCCAUCACUGUCAAAGGAAGUAUUGUGCUAAAUGAGACACUGUAUCUGAAUGUGAAAGUCUUUAAACGGAAAACCAAAUCAGUUUCAGUUCUCAUUAGAUUUGUCAUAAAAGCUGUAAUUUGAGUAUCGGUAGACUUCUUUAAAACUUUAAUGACAGUUUUGUGUUCAAUGUUGCAUUCUGAACUGAGAUGUAAAACAAGACUGAUUUUAAAAACAGCUUUAUUUAUUUUUACUUUCAUGACAGUUUUUUACAUAUCCUUGGUGGAUAGCUAAAAUUUCACCAUAUCCAUUAAUAAACUGUUGAUUGUUAUACAAA